AUGGCGCUAAUCGCGACCCAUCCAGGAAAAGAACGCUCAAAAAUUUUAUUAUGCGCAAGUGAUCGCAUACGGGCGACACCGGCUGGUUCGAGCGUAUCUGCGCGAUUUCAUCCUUACGGCCCAAGCUGUUUCGCGAGUUGGUCAAAUCUGGUCUGCAGUUCCUCCACUGAUGACCCAUUAUUCUUCUCGUGCGACUGCAAAGUGGCCAGUAGUGCCUCAAGCGGUUCCUGGACUAGCAACGCCAGCUCCUCCACACUCAACCGGCUAGUUGCUUUUGCCAACCGCAAUUGGGCACCAAGCGCCUGCUGCACAUCUUCGACAGACUUGUCGGAAAGCAACCGGAGGCGCACCACUUUUUCCAUUCCCGGCAAAGACCAACCCAACGAUCACUCCAGGCCGACAAAUAGCACGAUCGGGACGGAUUCAGCUGUCAACCUGGCCGACUUCAUCCGCCUCAUAGCCUCCAUGCGGUCGGCCAGCGUGUCGAACUCCGCUGGAAGGACUUCUUUCGCGACGUUCCAGUCCAUCAUCCGAGGGCCUCCACUUGCCGCAUCCCGGGCCGCCUUUGGCAGGUCCCUGGGGAAUGUCUUCAGCACCGUUAACUCCCCUCGAACACAUCUUCAGGCGGGACAACAGGCGGUAUAUCAUCGGCGCCGUCAGAUUUGGGAGGUAUGUUAGAUUGCAUGAAUAUUAGUUUAUCGGUUUGCUGUGCAGUCGUACUCAAUAUAUUAUCAUUAAGAACGUGCAGUUCUAUGACCACAAAUUUGCAAAAAUUAACGUUUGCUCCAAUGAAAAAUCAUAAAAAACGGCUGGUCUAGGACUCUUACUCCAAAAUAUUUGAAUAAUUUAUCUGUUGUCGAGCAGGUAAUGCGUCAAAGAAGAGGAGAUACAAAGCUGUAUAACAAAUGAGUGGCAGAAGUUAUGUACGCCAGGUGUUAUUUAGGGCAUGGAGAUUCAAAACUUCCGUUGGACUCUUAAUGCACUGUAUCUGAAUCUGUGUAAUUUGUUAAUAAACGGAAUUUACUUCCACGCAAGUUCGCACAAUUCGAUCCGGAUUCAUAUAUUUCCAACGUCAGUGGAACUAUAUGCUAACUCUUUGUCCUAACCUUGUCCAACACAACAGUGUGGAAUUAAGACAUAUCCCUGAUGAUCAGCAUCUAGAUCGUAUGGGAGAAGUAAAAGCCUUCGAAAGUUGCAUUAUAAAAUAACUCCCCUGCUAAGUUCUCUACAUUCUAUGUACAUCAGCUACCACGCACCCGACCACACCCAGUGACGACAGUGAGGUUCCGUUUUUACUUUUUAGUUCACCUUUGCAUUUGGAUGGCUUGGGUUUUCUCCACGUAUGUGUACAUCGGACAGCGCUUUAUGUUGCAAGCUGGAUAUGACAAAGCGUUGAACGUCAUGAGGUUUUCCUUAAGGCCGCACAAACUUCCCCAGCCGCCGUGUGGCUGCCAAACAUGGCACGCAAAUGCCAUCAGUGUGCG